AUGGCUCCAAGCCACCGCAAAUCCGCUUCCCGCGACUCAACCGAGACAGCCGAUCGCGAAGCCACCAGGUCGCGCGCCCGUAAAGCAUCCACGUCUAGGGCGGCGUCCAAGGGGACGACGACACGAUCGAAGAAGUCUCGCGUGUCUCCGGAACCCGAACUGUCCGAUGUCGACUCCACGCCGUCUAAGGUCUUUGGAACCCUUGCGAAGGGCAUCGAGCGCCGUCGCGGGAGGUACAUCGAAGUAAUUGAGCCCGAGGGGGACUACCUGCAGGGCUAUCGAGGGUUUGUCAACUGCAUGGGAUUCAGUUUUAUGGUGAACCUUUUGUUCCUAUGGGCGAUGCCGUUCUGGGCGAGCACCGAGAUUACGUCGGUCUCUCGCCGGCCGACUCGAGAAGGCGAUCCGGAGCUCAACGCCUUGAUACCGAUCCUGAAGCUCUUUACCAUCGCGACUAUGUGGAUUUUAAAUUUCGACGAUAGGGAUGCCUGGAACGCUUGCGUGGCGACAUGGGCCCCUCACUACCUGUUCUUAUAUACCUUUAAGAACGUGUCGGUAAUGACAUGUCUUGUUCUGUACCUUAUAUCAACACUGGCAACAUCUUUGCCUUUCACGAUCCUCCGGCCCAGCACUCCAUGGUAUCCGACUCCACCAUCCGAUCCCGUGCUCCCUGCUUCGGCCAACAGUGUCCUGAACGACCCAAGAAUCACUUUGGUCACGACGCUCUUCGCCACAGCCGUCUAUAGCGUGUCGCUCUUCUUCUUCUAUCGAAAUGGCGCCCUCACGGCUCAGAUCGCGACGUACUUCGAUGCCAUCAGCUUCGAGCGCGCCCAUUCGAAGGAAUUCCAGAUAAUCCUUCCCUUCUUGUUGCUGCCGGUUGCAGCCGCCAUUAGAGCCUUCAUAUUUGCGCCGGCUGCUAGAAAGGGGUUCGAGCCCACUGCAGCGGAGCUGGGAGACCGGGAAGCCUUCGACCCAGCGACGGCGAGUGUAUGGGGGACUUUUCUCCAUACCAUUGGGCCGCUCAAUCCUUCCACCAUCGCCGGGAAGCGAAUCGCGAGCAUUUUCCUGCGCGCACUGUACUUGAUGAGCAUCCAAAUGUUUCACGCGAUCGUCGAGACGGGUUCCACAGUGAUGGGUGCGACGAAAUACGGAGGUGCGAUUUGGGGAGGGAUCUGGGCAGUAGCCACGGCCGCUAUUGCGAUUGGAUAUGCCUUCUUCGUCACUGUUUAA